UUUGCAUAUUAUGGGAGGAAAGAAUGCGACAGGAAUACUCCCAUGAAAAGAAAACGCUCGUUCACGCGACUUUACCAGCGUGUACUAUGUUUUUCUUCAUUUUGAAAGUGGACUAAUAUAUCUUCCCAUCUAUCGCGCACUUGUGCGACGUUAUUAUUUGACAAGGGAGGAUUUCCAAACAAACUCUCCAGGGAAAAAGCAACGAAAUUUCCCCAAAAAAGAGUCUUUGAGAGAAGUGACUGCUAUUGCUGCUGCUGUUGGUGUCUGUGGUGCUGCUGAGAGCAGCAGUAAAUAGUCACUCACUCACUGCCUUGUCUUAUAUGCAAGUGACAGGACGUAAAUCGGCCUCUGCUGAGUCGAACUUCCUACCUCCUCUCCUCCUCCUCCUCCUCCUCUUCGCUCUGUAUAGUAUACCUAGCAGGGUUAUUGAUCGCUAGAAAUGGUACUGUAAUCUAGUAAUCCAGUUGGGUAGUUAAACUGUUUGAAUCACUAUGAAUUCUAGACUUAACAGUUUCAACCCUCUAUGGUUAAGGGACCCUGAAUUCAGACGCUGGAUUGAAAGGGUACCCAACAAUCCCCAUAAAGCUCAUUGUUUGUUAUGUGAAAGAGACUUCAUAAUUGGAGACCAAGGUCAUCAUGCUCUUAAAGCGCAUGCAGCCACUCAUAGGCACAAAAUGCGCACUCAGAUGGUUUCAAGUUUAAAACAUGACCGUCGCUCAUCUGACAGAUUCCCCAGUUCCCCGGGAAGCUCAUCAUCACAUGGAGACACCUUUGAUAGUAAGCAGGUUUCCCCAUUGAGUAGAUAUGAGCGGGAUGACCAGUUGAUACCACUACUUGAUAAUGGGUGGAAUAUGGUGGAAGGACGAGAUGCCAUCAAUAAGACUUUCCUGUUCCAGAGUUUUAAUGAGCCUUCCAGGGACUCCAAUGUGUGGGACUGGAGAGCAUUACAUGGAUAAUUCCUCUCCAUGUUUGCAAAGGCCAUCAAAGCAGCUAUGCCAGAUGGGGUUCUACAGUUGUAUCUUCCUCAUUUCAAAGGUUUUGGAAGGUUGGACAUCUACUUAUGUUCAAAUCCCUUUAAAAUAGAGGCUAUUUUAAAUGUCGAAGUCAUAUUAAAAGGGGGAUUUUUCUCAAUUUUCUUGACCUUAGUGAUGCUUACUUUGACUUCUCUACCCACAAGUAUUCAGUGAGAUAAUUUUUGUGGUGGGGAAAGUGCUUCAGUUCACCCUGUCUCUAAACCUGACUAGGAUGGCUGAUUUAUGUAAAGUUUUAAAGGAAGAGCUGACAAGACAUCCAAAAAUGCUUAUCGAAUGUGCGAGUCCUUCUGGGCAGUAUGCAGGUCAACUGGGGGGAAUCCAAUCUGUCUUCUCCCCCUUAGGAAACAAACCUGUGCAUGUUGAUCAACCCUGUUA